AUUCUUUACUGAAGAACCAAUGGAAUUGAGUGGAAAACAAAAAAAUAAAUAAAAAAAAUGGGUAAUAACGUACGUAGGUGGUGGUGAGCGCAGAAGAUGAGGCCAACUGAAAUUCGGACACGUUACAACAACGGUACAAAGAAAUAGAAUUGACUUUGUGUGUGUGGGAUUGCCAAAGCAACAAGCAAUUGCAGCAAAAUCAUUUUAAAUUACUAAAAUACCCCUAAAAGGUCUAAACCCCGUUUUGGACUUUUUACCAAGUUCAAACUCCCUCCUCCUCCCGCUCUUCCUCCUCCUUCUUCUUCUUCUUCUUCUUCUCCCCCAACCACAACCAUAGUCACGCGCUCACUCACUCCUUCUCUCUCUUUCGUUUUCAUCUCUGUUUAAGUUAGAGAAACACAAUCUCUCUCUCUCUCCCUCUUUUUCCUAGUUCUAUACAGCUCUUUGGUCCGCCAUUGAAGCGCUCUCCCUAAAACAGAGUAAGUGCAGGUCCAAUGAAAAGGAAUUGAGUUUUAAAAAAUUCAUGAUUUGCUCUCGGCAAGGGCAUGCAACUAUGAGUGACGAAAACACAAAUGUUGCAAAUUUUGAAGAGCUUGGUGUUCGGGUUACACGAGCGCGGGCUAGAGCCUUGGGAACAUCUGGUGGGGUGCUCUCACAAUUGAAACCUUCACAAGACCAGAGGCGUGCUCUUAGAGCAAAGUCUAAAAGAGAGAAUCUGGAUGAGAACAAACCUUCAACGGUUGCCCCUGCUAGCUUCAAGCAUAAAAGAAGAGCUGUACUUAAGGAUGCUACCAACAUUUCUUGUGAAAAUCCCAAUUUCAACAAUGUCAACAAUGCAUCUAGCGUUAAGACUAGAAAUGUAGAUGAGAAAAAUGACAAGUUGGCUGCAAAUGACUCUGGAGACUUGCUGCCUGUUCAUGAGGAUGCAAAAACAAAGUUAGCUGAGGAACUAUCCAAAAUAAAGGUGGCAGAGUCGGAAGAUUUCACUAAGCAAGUAAAGUUGGAGAAAGAUGAGCAAGGUCCCAACUUCAAACAAUUCGGUGUUCUCAAAAAAUGUGCAAGUAAAGAUGAGAAAGAUGAUGCUCUUCGAUUCUCCCAAAGAGAAAAAGAAGAAGAUGAGGUUUUGGAGAUAACACCUGCUUCAAAAGAAUCAGACAUUGUUGACAUUGACUCAGACGUAAAGGAUCCUCAAGCUUGUAGCUUGUAUGCUCCCUAUAUAGAUGAUACCAGACGCAUUACAGAGCUAGAGCGAAGGCCAUCUGUUAAUUACAUGGAGGAGUUGCAGAAGGAUAUCACUCCAAAUAUGCGAGCAAUUUUGAUUGAUUGGCUUGUCGAGGUUUCUGAAGAGUAUAACCUGGUUCCGGAUACUCUUUUCCUCACAAUAAAUCUGAUCGAUCGGUUUCUCUCUCACAAUUAUAUUGAAAAACAGAGACUGCAGCUACUUGGUGUUUCUUGCAUGAUGAUUGCAUCAAAGUACGAAGAAAUCUGUCCGCCACGAGCAGAAGAAUUUUGCCUCAUCACAGACCACACUUACACAAGAAGAGAGGUAUUGAAGAUGGAGAGUGAAGUUUUGAACUUAUUGCACUUUCAAUUAUCUGUACCAACGACAAAAACAUUUCUAAGGAGAUUCAUUCAAGCAGCACAAUCUUCGUACGAGGUUCCUUGUGUUGAAUUGGAGUUUAUGGCAAAUUACUUAGCGGAGUUAACUAUUGUUGAUUACAGCUUCCUAAAGUUUUUACCUUCGCUCAUAGCUGCUUCUGCUGUGUUCCUCGCUAGAUGGACACUCAAUCAGUCAGACCACCCAUGGAAUUCUACUUUAGAGCACUAUACCAGUUACAAGACACCAGAGCUGAAAUAUGCAGUUCUUGCUAUGGAAGACUUGCAACUAAACACCAGAGGCUGUCCUCUUAAUGCAAUAAGAGAAAAAUACAGACAACAUAGGUUCAAUUGUGUGGCGACUUUGAGUUCAAAAGAAUCGGUGGGAUCACUUUUUUCAAGUUCUGAGAAUGACUGAAGAACAUAUACACUACUGAUUUGGAACUGGGUAUGGAACUUGGAAGGUGAUCAUCUAGAUCUCCUAAACGGGAAAAAAUCUUAACUUAAUUCUAACGUAAUUGUUGUUCCUUUUGUCGUAUUAACGUAAUCUUUUUAGGUGCAUAACACAUUGAAAAGACACUAAACUAUAUAAUUGGCUUGUGCCUUGAUAAUUCCUUCAAGCUUAGUUGUACAUGGGAAUUUUGGUACCAACUGAGAUUUUGUGUGCACACAGUUCUGAGGUGUUGGCCACAGGAAUGUAGCUACUACUUUAAUAUCAUUCUUGUACCCCAGAUUAUUACAAUAGUAAGUAACAAAAGAAAAA